ACCGACCCCACACAUUCUGCAUUCCACUCUGCCUUUUCCUUACUGAGCCGGAUCGAUGUCUAAGCAACACCCUUCCAAGCGCCCUUUCAUUGCACAAAACGAACGCACAGAAGGCUUCACGCACGUAUUACUCAUCACCACAGGCAGCGUCGCCUCUGUGAAGGCGCUCUUGAUCGUGAAACAGCUCUUGCAGUACGACUGCGUGAAAGUCGAAGUCGUGGCCACAAAGCCCUCCCUCGCCUUCUAUUCCCCAGAAGAGAUAGAAAGAACAGGAAGCCGCGUAUGGACAGACGAAGACGAGUGGACGGAUGACUACUCCAUCGGCGACCCUAUAUUGCACAUCGAGCUACGUCGGUGGGCGGAUGUAGUCCUCGUCGCGCCUUGCUCGGCGAAUACGCUGUCGAAGAUAGCGCACGGCGCCUGCGAUAACCUCGUCACCUCUCUCCUCCGCGCCCUCGCGCCCAGCACGCCAACCUACAUAUUCCCCGCUAUGAACACGCUGAUGUACGAGCACCCCCUGACGGCGGAGCACCUCCGUAUCGUGCGCGAGGUAGUCGGCUACGAGGUAGUCGGGCCCAUUGGAAAGAAGUUGGCGUGCGGGGAUGUGGGAAUGGGCGCGAUGACAGAGUGGAUGGAAAUUGUCAAACUUGUCGUGGACCGUUUUGGGCUCGUGCUGAAGGGGCCUGCGACUUCGCAGUCGUGAUAUGUGCGACGAGUAUAUCAAGCUAUGACGAACAUGCCACUGUCCUCCUCCUGUAGGAAUCACCUGAAGAGCGCUGGAAGAAACCCAGACGCGCCGAAUGAGCGGCUGGAAUGGACUGGAAACACAUGCGACUGAAGUGUCA